AUGGCCUGCUGUGCUUCGGGGAAAUCCCGGACACCGCUAGAGAUCCAUGCCAGAUCGUUGCCAGAUGAAGCAGACGCUUCUUCGAUGCUCUUCCCCAUGUACACCGUUGCGGUGGACGUUCUUCUGAAGAUGACGAGGGUGGAGCCACACGAGGAGUUGAAGGCACGGGGCGAGCUCACCGUCUUCAGUGAGGACAUCGGGAGGGCAGCUUUCGUGUCACACCAGUGGCUAGCCAAGCACCACCCCGACCCCGACUUCAAGCAGAUGCACACGUUACAGGGUGCUGUCACGCGGCUCCUGAGGGGCCGUGGAUUUGUUUCACUCGAUGGAACCACGGAAAGUGCCGUGAGAACGGCCAAGCCGUUCCCCAUGAAGGCUUUCCAGGCGCAGCCUUUGUUUUUCUGGUACGACUAUUUUUCCUGCCCACAGCUGGAGCAGCGCACGUCUUCUGGAGCCGAUGACGAAGACGGCAGCCAACAGGCCAACGCCAUUAACAGCAUCCCAGCCUAUGUAUCCAAGAGCCACUUUUUUCUGGCUCUCUGCCCGGUGCUCGAUUGUCCCUUCGAGGCCAACGUGUUAUCCGUGCAAACUUGGAGCAGGCGAGGGUGGUGCCGCCUAGAAAGAGCUGCACGCGAGCUGUCGCCAGACAGCCUCUGGAUUUUGAUAGAGAGCGAGACUUCCAUGAAAGCUGUUGGUACAGCGCUGUCAUUUCCGACUGGCUCCGUCGGGGAAGGCGACUUUACAGUCGCGGACGAUCGCCAGAAGCUGGCCCCUGUUUUGCGGAAGAUUCUUAUGCAAAAGCUGAACCACUCCUUGCGAGUGGGCGACCUCCCUGGAUUCCGGCGCCACUUCAACCUACAGACUGUUCAUCUGCGUGGGUUGGAGAUCCUGCCGUUGGCUGGCAUGCUCUCCAGCUGCGAGGGCGAUGGUGGCGUGGUGGCAGAGUUUCUGCACCAGAACGGCUUUAGGAACGUCGGCGAGGCCGACAGUGCCGGGUGGUGGCCGCUGCACUACGCAGCGUUGGCUGGGAACACCGAGGUGUUGAGAGGACUGCUGCAGCAGCGGGCAGAUGUGAACUGCCGGACGUCGAGGGACGAGCCGAUGCUUGGGUUUCCGAUUUGGAUGCCCCCACUGAGUCUGGCGAUUUUUUUCAAGCACCACGAGGCCACGCAGUUACUUCUGGCGGCGAGGGCCCAGCUUGAAGGUGGAGUAGCUGGAGGCACCAUGCAUAUUGCAGCCAUGUCUGACAAUGUUGAGGACAUCAGGCUCCUGUGUCGCGCAGGCGGCAACCCCCUGGCCCAAAGUUUAAUCGGUGCCAAUAGUUUUGAGGCCGCCGCCUCUUCAGGAUCCACAGCAGCUUUGGAGGAGCUGCUGCUACAGGGCUGCCCAGGCUUCUUGGAUCUUUCACGGGCACUCUGGUCUGCUACGGGCUCUCGCGGCGGUUCUGCAGAGCUGGUGCAGCGCCUGAUCGGCCUCCGUGCUGACAUGAACUUUCAGUUCAAUCUGCAGCGCGACUUUAGGCGACUGGGCCGGCUGCUUCUUGGCGCAAAGGCCUUGCAGUAUCGGUUGGGACGAACCACUGUUCUGACGACCGUUGCCUACCACGUGCAUGGCAGCACGCCGCUGAUGCAAGCCAUCAGCUCCGCUCAGUUCGAGGGCGCCGCAGCUCUCAUCGCGGCCGGUGCGAGGCUCGACAUCCGGAACUGCCGCAACUGGACUGCGGCCGACUUUGCCAAGGGCCGGUCGAUCCCUGAUUUCCUGCAGCUGGGCCUGGAGGGGGACCGAUCGGAGUGCCAGCGCGUGUUCUCACUGGCUUUGGCUGAUGGCUACGUGGAAGUUCCCUUUUGA